GAGCAGCCUGGCCAAAGGCUUGGCGCAGGCGCAAAUUCUGCGGACCCCAGAGCCAGAGACCCAGGAGUGUGGCGUGUGGGAAGGGUAGGGCCAGAUGCUCCGGCCACCUCAACCUACCGUGAAGACGCUGGGCACCAAGCAGAAGACAGCAGCCAAAGCCCCGAGCCCCACAGGGUCAGCAGAUUUCUCCCCAUGUGCGGAGACGAGAGCAUAGAAAUAAAGACACAAGACCAAGAGAUAAAAGAAAAGACAGCUGGGCCUGGGGGACCACUACCACCAAGACGCAGAGACUGGUAGUGGCCCCGAAUGUUUGGCUGUGCUGAUAUUUAUUGGACACAAAGCAAAAGGGGCAGGGUAAAGAGUGUGAGUCAUCUCCAAUGACAGGUUGCAGUGAUGGCAGGGAGCCAAUGUUGAUUUCUGAUAUGGAUGAUGAUCAGAGCAGGUCCUCUGAAAGAUUAACUUGGCAGAAGUUUGAAGAUUGAAGAAAGGUGGUGGAGUGAGGCCAAUUAUGACACUACAUCAGCAGUCCAAAUAGGAGAUGAUAAUGAGGGAAAGGUGCGGGCAAGUUUUCAAGCCUGCCCUCUGCCUGGAAACAGACUCAGAGGUGUUGCGGCGGACGUGGUGGGAGUGAGACCAGCCCUUCGGUGUGCAUGGGAUCUGGGUGAGGCCUGUGACUGCAGGCUUUCCCCUGCUUCUCUGACAACUUGCAUGACUCGGCAGAGGCAGCCAUAAUCCUCCUAGAGAGCCCCGGUUUAAGAUCUCCAGCCAACUAUUUUGACUCUUUCAACAUGAGGAGAUGGAAGGGCUGUUCAAGCCCUUCUGUUCACGAUAGCACAGGAGGUCCAGGAGAGAGGCGAGCCGUGGAUCUCCCUGGAGGUCCGGGCAAGAUGGGCAAGUACACGGUCCGCAUAGCCACCAGGGAUUUGCUCCCGGAGGGCUCUCCCAACCGGGUGCAGCUGUGGCUGGUGGGCGAGCACGGGGAGGCAGACCUAGGGAAGCAGCUGCCACCGGUGUGGGGAAAGGAGGCUGAGUUUGAGAUCGACGUCCCCCUGCACCUGGGGCGCCUCCUGACGGUGAAGCUGCACAAACACAACGUGCUAUUGAGUCUCGACUGGUUCUGCAAGUGGAUCUCAGUGCAGGGCCUGGGGACCCAAGGCGAGGCCUUUUUCCCCUGGUACCGCUGGGUGCAGGGCCACGGGAUUAUCUGCCUGCCCGAGGGCACUGCACGGACCGUGAGUGAUGACCCCCAGAACCUGUUUAAGAAAUAUCGGGAACAGGAGCUCUAGGAAAGAAGGAAGGUGUACCGGUGGGGCUCCUAGAAAGAUGGGUUAAUCCUGCCUAUAGCAGGGAAUAGGCAACCGGACCUUCCUGGGGACGAGCGAUUCCUCGAGGAUAAGGAUUUAGACUUUAAUGUCUCCCUAGCUAAAGGGUUAAAGGACUUGGCCAGUAAGGGGACACUGGAUUUCAUAAAUUGUGUGAAAAGGCUGGAAGAUUUCAAAAAAAUAUUCCCACAUGGAAAGACUGUCCUGGCUGAGCGGGUUUAUGAUUCUUGGAAGAAUGAUGCCUUCUUUGGGUACCAGUUUCUCAAUGGUGCAAACCCCAUGCUCCUGAGGCGUUCUUCAAGGCUCCCAGCCCACCUGGCGCUACCUCCAGGGAUGGAGGACUUGAAGACCCAGCUGGAGAAAGAACUCCAGGCUGGAUCUCUGUUUGAAGUGGAUUUCUCCUUGCUGGAUGGAGUCAAGCCUAAUGUCAUCAUUUUUAAGCAGCAAUACGUAGCAGCCCCUUUGGUCAUUCUGAAGCUUCAGCCUGAUGGAGGACUCUUACCCAUGGUCAUCCAGCUCCAGCCACCUCGACAUGGAUGUCCCCCACCUCUGCUCUUUCUGCCCUCGGAUCCCCCCAUGGCCUGGCUCCUGCCCAAGACCUGGGUCCGGAGCUCUGAUUUCCAGCUGCACCAGUUACAGUCACAUCUGCUAAGACACUUGAUUGCUGAGGUUAUUGCUGUGGCUACAAUGAAAAGCUUGCCUAGCCUCCAUCCUAUCUACAAGGUUCCCCAUCUCCUUAGAGUCCCGGGCUCAGCUCUGCCACUUUGUCACCAUGUGUAUCUUCACAUGCACAGCUGGACUGGUACUCCUGGAUCCGGAUCCCUAAUGGCCCAUGCACCAUGCGGAAGCCCCCGCCCAUCUCUAAGGAUGUGACAGAGAAGGAUAUAGUGGACUCACUGCCCGAUCUCCACCAGGCGCGUAUGCAAAAGACCUUCACAAAGUUCCUUGGCAGACGCCAGCCUGUCACGGUGAGAAGCAAAUGCCUGGGUCCUGGGAAGGAGGCAGCUCAAAGGAGGGGAAGUAUUCUGGGCUGAGAGCCCCAAGCGGCUGAGCCAACUUGUCUUCUGCCUCUCAGGUGGCCCUGGGGCAGCAUGAGGAGAAAUAUUUCUCUGGCCCUGAACCCCAAGCUGUGCUGAGACAAUUCCGGGAGGAGCUCAUCACUCCCUAUGACUGGGUUGUCUCCCUGAGCUCGCUCUCA